CCAACUCCCGCCCCAGUCUGCGGGCCUCGGGAGCAGCGGCGGGGCGGGAGCGGCGCGGCGGAGGGGACAAGACCAGGGCAGGAGGGAACCGGCCCGCCAGGAGAGCCCCGCACACCAUCAAGAUGCUAUCCUGGCGGCUGCAGACGGGCUCCGAGAAGGCUGAGCUGCAGGAGCUCAACGCCCGGCUCUACGACUAUGUGUGCCGAGUGCGGGAGCUGGAGCGCGAAAACCUGCUCCUGGAGGAGGAGCUGCGCAGCCGGCGGGGCCACGAGGGCCUGUGGGCCGAGGCGCAGGCCCGCUUCGCGGAGGAGGCGUGCAGCUUGCGGCAGCAGCUGGACGAACUGAGCUGGGCCACGGCGCUGGCCGAGGGCGAGCGCGACGCGCUGCGGCGCGAAUUGCGGGAACUGCAGCUGCUGGGCGAAGAGGCGCGCGCCGCCCGCGGCCGUCUGGAUGCCGAGCUGGACGCUCAGCGGCGGGAGCUUCAGGAGGAGCUAGGUGCGCGCGCCGCUCUCGAGGCGCUGUUGGGCCGGCUGCAGGCCGAGCGCCGCGGCCUUGACGCGGCCCAUGAACGCGAUGUGCGGGAGCUGCGCGCGCGCUCCGCUGGCCUGACUCUGCGCUAUCGCGCCCGCGCCACCGGCCCUGCCGCACCCCCGCCGCGCCUGAGGGAAGUGCACGACAGCUACGCACUGCUAGUGGCCGAGUCGUGGCGGGAGACCGUGCAGCUGUACGAGGAAGAGGUGCGCGAGCUGGAGGAGGCGCUGCGGCGCGGCCAGGAGAGCCGGCGCGAGGCCGAGGAAGAGACGCGGCUGUGCGCGCAGGAGGCGGAGGCGCUGCGGCGCGAGGCGCUCGAGUUGGAGCAGCUGCGAGCGCUGCUGGAAAACGAGCUGCUGCGGGUACAAGAGGAGUACGAGCUUCAAGCCGAGGAGCGGCAGAGAGUGAUUGCCUGCCUGGAGGAUGAGAAGGCAGCCCUCACCUUGGCCAUGGCUGACCGGCUGCGGGACUAUCAGGAGCUCGUGCAGGUGAAGACUGGCCUCAGCCUGGAAGUGGCGACCUACCGAGCCUUACUGGAAGGAGAAAGUAAUCCGGAGAUAUUGAUCUUGACUGAGCGCAUUGAAAAUGUGCCACAAGAAUUCAGAAACAAGUCCUAUCAGUAUACCACCUCAGUAUUACAGAGAGAAAACGAAAGAAAUCUGUUCCCAAGGCAGAAAGCACCUGCUACAAGCUUCAAUCCCAGCUUGGCGCCUCGUUUUCAGCCAGCCAUUGGAAGCACUUCCAGAAGGGGUGUCCUGGGCUCUGGAUAUGCUCCCUUUACCACUACCAGGUGGGAGAACUACGAGAAAACUGCCAGCAGUCAAACCAACUUCAGAACUGUCUCUCCAACCCUUGGUCUCUUAAGAAAUACUGAAUCUCAAGUGAAAACAUUCCCUGAGAGACCGAGAACUGGAGGUACAAAGGACACUCCUGUUAAUUUAGCCAAAGAGUCCACUGCUACUCAGGAGUCUUACCGAGAACGCCGGGACAAUGUGGUGGCAGAGCCUUCCAAGAGCACUUGGUCAAAUGAGAGGACCGUCCUUUGGGGAAAGAAAACAGAAGCUAAAGCCACGAGGGAGCAAGAGAGAAACAGACCAGGAACUAUCCAAACAAAACGAGAAGAGAAAAUGUUUGAUUCUAAAGAGAAGGCUUCAGAGGAGAGAAACUUAAGGUGGGAAGAACUGACCAAGUUAGAUAAAGAGGCAAGGAAGAGAGAAAGCGAGCAAAUGAGGGAAAAGGCAAGAGAGAAGGAGUCACUGAAGGAGAAAAGUGUGAAAGAAAGAGAGAUACCGAUCAGUCUAGAAGUAUCCAAGGACAGCACACCAGAAGUGGCCCCGCAAGGGCUUCACACACCCAAGAAGGAUGCUGGUGAUGGGACAGAUAGAGGGGUGGAAACGAGAGAAGUAAAGUUCAGGCUGGAGACCAGUGACACUGCAGGCUCUCUGAAAGCUGAUUCCACAACUGAAACCAUAGCUGAGAACAUUGUUUCUAACAUCCUGAAGCAGUUUACCCACUCUUCCGAGAUGGAAGCAUCUGCUGAUACGUUUCCAGACACAAAAGUCACUUAUGUGAACAGGAAAGAGCUUCCUGGUGACAGGAAAACAAAGACUGAGAUAGUCGUGGAAUCGAAACUGACUGAAGAGAUCGAUGUUUCAGAUGAAACUGGCCUGGACUUCCUUUUAAGCAAGGAUGCUAAGGAGGUGGAGCUGAAAGGAAAAUCAGCAGAACGGAUGAUAGGAGAUAUAAUCAAUCUUAGUCUGAAAGGGAGGGAGGGGAGGGCAAAGGUCGUCAAUGUGGAGAUCAUAGAAGAGCCCGUGAGCUAUGUCAGUGGUGAGAAGGCGGAGGAGUUUUCGACCCCAUUCCAAGUGGAGGAAGUUGAUGACGUGUCUCCGGGCUCUAAGGGGCUUGUUGAGGAGGAGGAAGUUUGCAGAGAAACAGAUGUCACCUUCUCAGGGGCUCAAGAGAAAAAGACCAGGCAGGCCCAAGAGAACAUGACUCAUGUUGAAGAAGUGAUGGAGGCAGGUGACUCAGAAGGUGAGCAGAGUUAUUUUGUGUCGACCCCAGACCCAGACGAAUACCCGGGGCAGGACAGAGAGGAAGGCUCCGUGUAUGGGCAGAUCCACAUUGAAGAGGAAUCCACCAUCCGGUACUCCUGGCAAGAUGAAAUUGUGCCAGGGUCCGGGAGAAGAGUGAAGAGGGAUGAUGCAUUGGGAGAGAAGGUUGUGAAGCCACUGGAUGUUCCAGAAGGGUCUCUGGAGAGGGACACAGGUUCUAGUCACUGGAAAGAACAAGCUCGCAGUGGUGAGUUUCAUGCUGAACUAGUCAUUGAAAAGGAAAUCAAAAUACCGCAUGAAUUCCACACAUCCAUCAAAAAGGGCUUCAAGGAGCCCAGACACCAGCUGGUGGAGGUCAUCGAGCAGCUGGAGGAAAGCCUUCCAGAGCGCAUGAAGGAAGAGCUCUCCGCUCUCACCAGUGAGGGCCAGGGCGGGCUGGAGGGCAUUUCAGUUGACGUAAAGAAGGUCCCCCCAGGUGGCGGGUCCGUGACUUUGGUGGCAGAAGUCAACCUCUCGCAGACUGUGGAUGCUGAUCAGUUAGACUUGGAGGAGCUCAGCAAGGAUGAAGUGGGAGAGAUAGAGAAGGCCGUGGAGUCAGUGGUACGAGACAGCUUGGCCAGGCGGCACAGCCCCGGCCCUGGGAGCCCAGACUGGGAGGCAGGAGCGGAGACCCGGGGCACUGGCCUCGGCUUCAAGCGCUGGGCCACCCAGGAGCUGUCACCCUCUGGUGAGGAUGCCGAGACAGGCCUCAGCUCUCCCAGCUCAGAGUCCAUCACUUCCCAGGGCCCAGUGUCGGCCACGGUGGAAGUCACCAGUCCCAGGGGCUUUGCCCAGUCCCACGUGCUGGAGGACGUCAGUCAGUCUGUGAGGCACAUUAAAAUAGCGCCCCUGGUUUGGAGGACUGAGCACGUCUCACCCGAAGGACCCUCUUCACAGGUGGUGGAGAUGGACGUGAGUAACGUAGAGGCGACCCCCCGCUGGACCCAAGAGGCCACAGUCCUCUUCCCUGCAGGGAUGGAAGCAGAAGCUCAUGGUGUGUCUGACCGUGGUGCUUGGAGAGAUGCUGGCAGUAGGAAUGACCUGGCUGCCAGCGUGAGCUUUCAAGGCUCUGCUGGGGACAGACACCAGGCCGGGGAAAAGGGCAAGGAGCAGGCUGAGUUUGAUAAGACGGUGCAGCUACAGAGGAUGGUAGACCAGAGGUCGGUGAUUUCCGAUGAAAAGAAGGUUGCUCUCCUCUAUCUAGACAAUCAGGAGGAGGAGAAUGAGGACACUGGUUUUGAUAAAUACUGUGUUUUAAAUACCAUCUCUUUGGUGAAGUACCAACACACAAAGGCCUUUACUUUAAGGGAGGGAGGUGUACUCCUUCUUAAAACCUCCCUUCUUUUCACUUUCUUCAAAGAGUCCUCUAGACAAUGUCAGCUUACUUCAUAAUCAGUAAAAAUUUCAGACUAAUUCAUGCCUUAAAAGGCAUUGGAAUUUACUGAGUUGGGACUUUGACAAAUAUUUUUUAUCUUUUCAGUCUUAAAAGUUCCUUUUUCUGGAGUUUUCUUUCCACUUCUAGGGAUGAUUUCCACCAUUUUUGCACCUGGUCACAGAAAUGCCUCGCAUCUGUUUGAAACUAUAAUUAACUAGGUAAGAUUCCUAAAUGGUGACAGGAUUAAAGUAAUCUAUUUAAGAAUAAAUUUAAUUUGCAUGUGCUAAUAAGAUAUAGUAAACUAACAUGUUAAGGGAAAAAUGAAUAUUUGUUUUUCCUCUUUCCAAGUCUUUUCCAAAGAAAUUGUAGGAAAUAAGAUUUUUAAAAAAUCUUGGAGUUCCCAUUGUGGUUCAGUGGGUUAUGAACCUGACUAGUAUCCAUGAGGAUGAGGGUUUGAUCCCUGGCCUCACUCAGAGGGUUAAGGAUCCAGCAUUGCUGUGAGCUGAGGUGUAGGUUGCAAAUGUGGCUUGGAUCCUGUGUUGCUGUGGUUGUGGCGUCGGCCAGAGGCUGCAGCUCCAAUUCAACCCCUUGCCUGGGAACUUCCAUAUGCCACAGGUGUGGCCCUAAAAAGCAAAAAAAAAAAACAAAAACAAAUCUAUGUGAUUUCAUCUUGGGGAAAAGUUAUUUGUCAUAGAAUUAAAUUCAUCUUAAGACUUUAGUGAAUUGCUUUCUAUGUGCAGAACUUAGAAAAUACUAAAAAAAUAUAUAGUAUUUUAUGGAGAAGACAACUUCAGCCUACUACAGUAUUUCAGGUCAGCACACUUGCUAUGUUUGCACAGGUUCCUGGAACCCUGCCCUGGGUCUGUGGGGGGCGGGAGGAUGUUCACUGGGAAUGGCUCAUAGUACCAGUUUUUUUGCGGUACUAGGUCACUAAGCGCACAAGUCUAAGUACUCUUUUUGUUAUAAUGGAAGUUCAGGAGUAGCCAGCUCCUACCUAGACUUGAGCUUUUCUGUGCAUUAGCAGUUAGCAUCUAACCCUUAAUUUUACUGAUGGGGAAGCAGACCCUGAGGACAAUGAAAAAGAUCAUUGAUGUUCACACUACCCGGGACUUGCAGGAUGGUCACCACAGUAAAAGUUGGAAGCCCAGGUAGGCUUGAGCCUCCAAAGAAGCACUUUCCAGCCCAGUGAUGAUGGGGUGGAGACCCUUUUGAGCUCAGCAAGUUAGAGAUGAAAAAUGGCAACCAGCCUCACAGAGGUUUGUGUACUUCCGAUAGAAAUCAUGAUCAUUGGUGUGUUUUGUCCAGGGAAACAAAGAAUACAGUAAAUAGAGUAAGAUGUUUUGGGGAGGGAACUGGGUGCCUCUCCUGCCACCUAGGCCUGAAGCACCAGGAGGGCCCCAGAGGAAGACAGAGCCCCCACUCCCCUGGGCAACAAAGUGUGGACCUGCAGCUCUACACCACUGAGUUUAAGAUACUAGAAUGGAUGUGUUCCAUUGCUUUGUUUUAUUUCACACAAGGGUAUUGUUUUUAAAGCAUUCAUCUUUAAAGGUAUAGCAUCACGUAAAAAAUAGUAUCUCUAACAACACAGGAGUAUUUUAACCCAAACUAGUUUCUUCCACAUAAUGCUGUCUAAGCUGCCUUUAACACAGUAGCAUAGAACUAACUGCCAGGAGUGCACUGAGGAAUAAGGACCUGAGGUACUGUCAUCCUCAGGUAGGUUACGAUAAUGGGAGGGGUGCUGUUAUGGAAUUUGAGGGUCUCUUCUCUGGGUUUCACACUGAUGGCCCUCGGACCUAUCUCAGCUCCCAGGAAUGGCUGCAGCAGGUAGCUUAGGGGGAGUGCCUUUUCCUAAUCGCUAAGCGGAGGCUAAAUGCAGCACAGCUUUCAGGAUGAUCUAUUUUUAAAAUACCCUGAAGCAGACUAUAGAAAGAAAGUUGAUUUGAAUUGCAAACAUAAACCUUUGUUAUCUGCCAAAUGAAUUAGUGAUUGUCUAAUGAUUGUCACAAACUGGUAUGGAGGUGAUAGCCUUGCCAACAAGGACUUCUCAUUUCUAACAUAGCUGAUUUUAUGUUAGAUGUACUUGGUAAUGGUGUUUGUAUAAGUGAUUUAUUGGUGAGAACUUGGUCCAGGUGACAGCCUACUGUUUUGAAGGCAAGACAGAUGGAUAAUGGGGGGAGUCUAUUAUGUGUGUCUAAGUGGCCUUAGUUUAAUGUCACUCUCCUAGCUUGUGACCUUGGAAAUGAUUGCUAAUGUGAGUAAGUUGUUGAGACCAUGACCCACCUACAGUGAAAAAAAAAUCUUAGAUCUUCAUUUUUAUCUCCAUGUUGAAUGCGUAUCUUCAAGAUGUAGCCUGCCAAGAGUGUUUACCAACUUGGAGUCAUGAGCUGUCAUUGGUUACUAAGUCUCUGGAAUACCCAGGAGCAAGGCAUGCCCUUGACACUGUGAUAGGUCACCCCACAGCAUCAUGUCCUUUAAAACCAGUUACUCUGGAGACAGGAGUAGUCAACUGUGUGGUGGGAUAGAGUGAGGAUACAACCAGUCUUUUCACAUUUAUUGUUGUGUAGACAAACAGUGUUAAUGGAAUGUUUUUCACCUUCACACUGGUUGUUUUGAUGUUGUUUGCUUAAAAUGUAUAUUUAGAAUGGAAUCAUCUAAAAAAGCUGAUCUUGCUAAUAACCUCCUGUCCCUGCAAAGGGAAAUGUCAUAAGAAUGUGUAAAAAUAAAAUCUAUGGGAAAAAAAGCUCAUAUUGUUCCUAAAGAGAA